AUGGGCAUCGAACAGCCUAGGUUGGGGGCAACCACGGCCAGGGAGAACCUUCUGGGCGAGGCAGCGGAUCUGGAAGCUUCGAACAGGGAGGCGUGCGUGCGUGCUCGGGGCUGCCCAGUAUGCGUAGCGCCGGUCCCUCGGGCAUGCCGCCCUGAAAUUGUGAAUGCGAAUGCGAAUGCUGAUGCCUCUGGUGGGGACCAUUCUGUCAUACGUCGCGUAGUUAUGCAGUGCACGAGGAUAGCAUCUAAACGGCACGCACCUGCAGCGCCUACCAACACGGUCCUCGUCGUAUGGAGACCGUACCAUAACGGGCCCACUCAUGCCCCCUGCGCCCGCCAUUGGUCCGUGGCGCCACCUCCCGUAACGCUUGCGUACGGAUCGCCCUUCUCCCCCGUUCGCUCGCCUUCGCCCACUGGCCACGCCCACGCCUCUGUCUGGCCGCAGCUUCCCCAGCUUCCCUGA